GUCGGGAUGUCAAGUCCAAAUCUCGCGAUAGUUGCAGAAGCUGAGAUUCUAGGAGGAGAGCAGGAAACUUGAUAUGUCAACAAAACAGAUACAUUAUCACCACACAGGCAUGUAAAAGGUGUGCCAGUGUGGAUUAGCCUGACAGGUUACUUCACCUGGACCUAGACCUCCAUCAUCCACCAGCAUCCUUACCUGCUGUCUCCAUGACAACCCCUCCGCUUGUCUCACCUUUCGGCGGGCAGCCUCCACCGCCGCCGCAGCAGCAGCAGCAACAGCAACAGCAACAGCAGCAACAGCAGCAAGCCCAGGCGGCGCGUGAUGUCAACACAGCCUCGCUAUGCCGCAUCGGCCAGGAGACAGUCCAGGACAUUGUGCUCAGGACUAUGGAGAUCUUCCAGCUCCUCAGGAACAUGCAGCUGCCUAAUGGAGUCACCUACCACCCACAAACCCACCAGGACCGGCUGGGAAAGCUCCAGGAACACCUACGCAUGCUUUCUGUGCUGUUCCGAAAGCUGCGACUCGUGUACGACAAAUGCAACGAAAACUGUGCCGGGCUUGACUCCAUACCUCCAGAGCAACUGAUACCCUUUGUGGAGGAUGACGGCUCCAAACACGAGGACCGCUCAGCAGGCCAAAGCCGCUCCACCACCGAGGAGAGGAGAGAAAUCCUGGAGGUCAACAAGAAGCUCAAGCAGAAGAACCAGCAGCUGAAGCAGAUCAUGGACCAGCUCCGCAACCUCAUCUGGGAGAUCAACUCCAUGCUUGCCGUCAGGAGCUGAGCCAAACACACGCGCGCACACGCACACACACACACACACACACACACACACACACACACACACACACACACACACACAAACACGGAGAAAAGCUACGGUCAUUAACUGGACGUGUGACAGGGUACCACAGACUGGCUGAGGCUGCACUUUACAGGAGAAAUUUGGGACUUUGGCAAUAUCAUCCUGUUUUUAAAGAGGACAUAAAACAAUAGAAGGAAAAAUGAAGAAGAAACAAAUGAAGACAAAGGGCUUGACAACUCGGGGAGGUGAGUGGGCCCCCGAUAACACUGAGAGGGAGGGUGCUGCUGACAUCAUUUUAGGUGAUGUAGGCCUCCGUAUUCCAUAUUUCAAUCAGCAUUAUGACUGAAGUAACCUGCAGAGUUGAUAUAUAUUAUGAUUUAUGUAUUUGUAGGUACUAGCUCAGUAGAGACACACUGAUAUAUUCUAUUUAAUCCUCAAAUUAUCAACACCUGUUGCUUACUUCUUAGUUUUAGAGCCGUGUGAAGUUCUUAAUAUAAACGUUUUUUUGUAUAGCUCCUACAAACUUCAAUAAGAAAGACAAACACUGUGGAAAGAGUUGUAUUCUUCCUAUAUUGAUCAUCCUGUUUUUGUUGAUGUAAAUGAAUAAGUGUUCUUCUCUGAUUGGGACUGUCAUCACAACCAUUUUCUGUUAAGACUCUGCUGGAAUAUAAAUCUUGCUGUGAUUUUAUUAAAAACAAAAUCCCUCUUUCA